CAAGGAACCGGCGAGAAGAUUAGAUUGUCACCGUGAUACCAGUACACAUUGCACAACUUCUAUUUGAUGUCCUUGUGAUGAACAAUGAGGCUCUUUUUCUGUAUUUUUCCAUUUUUGAGAAAUAGUGAUCCCGCAGAUGGAGGUCGGAGGAGGAGUUAUUAACAAGGACGAGACUUUAUAACCCCCCUCCAUCCUCUCAUCUCACCAUUACCAGGAGGAUCUUCUGAGGGCUGAGACUGGACAAAGGGGAGAGAAGACUUCAACCAGACCAACCACACCGCAAGAGUGAGUUAAUCACGGAGAUGGAGCUGGUUGUGGUGGUGUUGCUGUUGGUGGUCCCCGUGUCUCUUGCACAGGAAGACUUGGAAGGUAAAAUGUUCGUCUUCCCCAAAGAAACCGACACGGCUCAUGUCACUCUAAGACCUACAAUUACAAAGCCAUUGCAGGAAGUCAGCGUCUGUCUAAGUUCCUACAGUGAACUUUCACGCGGCUAUUGUCUAUUGUCUGCUGCGACUUCAAAAAGCUCUGAUGCUUUACUAAUCAUGUUCUACCCUUCAAGUCGCUAUAAUGUAUUUGUGAAUAAUAUAGAUCAAGGAGGCAAUUUUUACUCGACAGACUCUGAGACUCAGGACUGGAGGCACACCUGUGUGACCUGGGACUCCGACACUGGGUUGGUCCAACUUUGGGUCAAUGGACAGCUCUACCCCGGAGGAGUCUCCAGUAAAGGAUCUUCUAUAGAAACUGCAAUCAGCCUAAUUCUGGGACAGGACCAAGACUCUUUUGGUGGAGGAUUUGAUGCUUAUCAGUCAUUGGUUGGUGACAUAAGUGACGUCCACAUGUGGGAUUAUGUCCUGACUGCAGAAGACAUUCGGAAAGUCACCUCUGGUGAUCUCCAUGGAAAUAUUCUUAGUUGGAAGUCUCUACUCUAUGAAAUGAAAGGAGAAGUUCUUGUCCAGCCUAAAAAUUUGCACAUGGAGAAUAAAGUCUUCGUCUUCCCGAAAGGAACCAACACAGCUCAUGUCAUUCUAAGACCUACAAUUACAGAGCCAUUGCAGAAAGUCAGCGUCUGUCUACGUUCUUAUACCGCCCUUUCCCGGAAUUAUUGUCCCUUCUCUCUUGCCACUCCCGGGAAGGAUAACGCCUUUCUCAUCUUCUUACAGCCUCCAAACACUUGUUCUAUAUAUAUCAACCAGGAACUCACUAGUUUUAAGACGGACUCUGAGUCUUUGGACUGGAGGCACAUCUGUGUGACCUGGGACUCGAACACCGGAGUGGUCCAACUUUGGGUCAACGGGAAACUCUACCCCAGAAGAGUCUCCAUGAAAGGGUCUUCUAUCGCAGCUGAGACCAGCAUUGUUCUGGGGCAGGAACAAGACUCUUUUGGUGGAAAGUUUGAUGCUUCUCAGUCAUUAGUUGGUGAAAUAAGUGACGUCCACAUGUGGAAUUAUGUCCUGACACCAAGAGAUGUAAAGAAUGUAAUGUAUGGUAGUCUCCAUGGAAAUGUUAUUAAUUUAAAGUCUGUAGUUUAUGAAAUCAGAGGGGAAGUUCUCAUCCAGCCCAAACCUUAAUUCAACUAGCUUAAAAUGUUUGCAACCAGUUUAUAAUAUUCACCAUGUAGUCCCCCCCCUACACUUUUGUGGUUCUCCCACACUGUAUUAGCCAUAGGGCAUUGUAACACCCUCAUCGGGAUAAGCUGCCUGGGGGUCAACCCAGGAACGUUGAACCAAGGAUACCAUAGUUUUUUCAUAUUAAUUGAGGCAACCCCUGUGCUGGUAUAUGUAUCUCUCCAAGUGAGUUACCCAUGUUUUGACCAAAGGGGGAGUUACAGAUUUCCAGCCCAAUAGGAUGAACUUUCUGGCCUGGAACAAAGGCCGGGGGAAGGCCACCCUAGUCAGCUCCUCAGGUAUCACUUCUUUAAGGAUCCCCAAUAAACAAUGGAUAGGGUUCAAGGGGACAUUUACCUGGAAUACGCCAUUGAGCGUAAAGAGUACCUCACUCCAGUAGCGAUGCAAUUUUGGACACAGGGGGUGUAUCAGAUCCCCAGAUGUUCAUCUGCAUCUACCACACUGACACAAAUCAGAAAUGACGUGUUAGGAUAACAUAGCACGAUUGUAUCCUUUUUUAGGGGAGACAUUUUGGAGGGCAGGGAAUUGACAUAUUUCAGCCAUAAAUACCGUUUAUACUUGAGUAUAUAUUUGAGUAUAAGCCGAUCCGAAUAUAAGCCGAGGCACCUCAUUUUACCACCAAAA